UCCGGCCCGGGGCGGGCGGCGGGCGCCACGGUGACGGCCGCGGGCAGCGGCAUGGCCUGGCCCGGCGCCCCCCGCCGCGGGGACAAGGUUUGGGGGAGCCCUUGCUCCGUCUUGGGGUUGCUGGUGCUACUGGUGCUGCUGCUCGCCCCGGCGGGGGCCGCGGGACCGGCAGGGCCACCAUCCCAUGGAGAGCGGGUCACCCCACACUGGCUCCUCAGGGGCCGGACCAGACGAGCCGUCAGCCUGGGUGAGAAGAUGCCUGCGCCUGCCCGGGCAAAGGUGGCCGUGAAGGCUGAGGGCAAAGAGCUCAUCCUGGUGCUGGAGAGGAACCAGCUGUUGGCUCCAGGCUACACCGAGACGCACUACACCAUGGAUGGGCAGCCCGUGACAGUGUCCCCCAAUCACACGGACCACUGCUACUACCACGGGCAUGUCCGGGGCUAUGGCGGCUCCUGGGUUGUCCUCAGCACCUGCUCAGGAAUACGGGGCCUCAUAGUGCUGAACAGCAACACCAGCUACUACCUGAAACCGCUGGGGACCCCUGCUCCGGACCACCACAUCAUUCACCGAGCAGAGCACUUGCCCAUCCGAGGUGGGACCUGUGGCCACGGUGAUGACCUUGGGAGCACCAUCGCUGACAUCACUCAGCUCUUCCAGCCGGUGCCUCGCCGAGCCAAAAGAGAUGCCUGGAGGACCAUGAAGUACAUGGAGCUCUUCAUUGUUGCUGAUCACACACUGUACAGGAACCAGCACCUCAACCUGGGCCACACCAAGCAGCGCAUCGUGGAGAUCGCAAACUACGUGGACAAGUUUUACAGGUCCCUGAACAUCAAGGUGGCCCUGAUCGGGCUGGAGGUGUGGACAGAGCGGGACCAGUGCACUGUGACCAGCGAUGCCAACGCCACGCUCUGGUCCUUCCUGCAAUGGAAGAAGUCGCUGAGGGCACGCAAGAAGCACGACAAUGCCCAGCUGCUGACAGGGAAGACGUUCAGGGGGACAACCAUCGGCAUGGCCCCGCUGGAGGGGAUGUGCAGCAUGGAUAACUCUGGAGGUGUCAGCAUGGACCACUCGGAGCAGCCCAUCGGAGCAGCCGCCACCAUGGCCCAUGAAAUCGGCCACAACUUCGGCAUGAGCCACGACAGCUCCGGCUGCUGCGUGGAGGCCACCCCGGAGCAAGGAGGCUGCGUCAUGGCAGCGGCCACCGGACACCCUUUCCCUCGCGUGUUCAGCUCCUGCAGCAAGAGGCAGCUGGAGAACUACUUCCAGAAGGGAGGUGGGAUGUGUCUCUUCAACCUGCCUGACACCAAGGACCUGGUAGUGGGACGGAAAUGUGGCAAUGGCUUUCUGGAGGAAGGAGAAGACUGUGACUGUGGGGAGGUGGAGGAGUGCACCAACCCGUGCUGCAACGCUCACAACUGCACACUGAAGGAGGGGGCCCAGUGUGCCCAUGGUGACUGCUGCCAGAGCUGCAAGCUGAAGGUGGCUGGGACGAUCUGCAGGGAUGCAGCAGGAUCCUGUGACCUCCCUGAAUACUGCACGGGUGCCUCACCUUACUGCCCAGCCAAUGUGUACCUGCUGGAUGGCUCUUCCUGUGCCUAUGGCGAGGCUUAUUGCAACAACGGCAUGUGCAUGACCCACCACCAGCAGUGUGUCCAGCUCUGGGGACCAGGUGCCUGGCCAGCCCCAGAUGCCUGUUUCCAGGACGUGAACAUGGCUGGUAACACCUACGGCAACUGUGGCAAAGACAGCCAAGGGCGCUACGUGAAAUGUGACAAGAGGGAUGCCAUGUGUGGCAAGAUCCAGUGCCAGAGCUCAGCUAAGAAGCCCCAGGGGACCAACACUGUGUCCAUUGACACCACCAUCCGCUUCAAUGGGCGGGAGGUGAAGUGCCGCGGUACCUACAUGUACACUGCGAAGGAUGAUGAGGAAGACCUCUCUGACCCCGGGCUAGUGAUGACAGGGACUAAAUGUGGAGAUGGGAUGGUUUGCAAGGAUCGCCGGUGCCAGAAUGCCUCCCUUUUUGAGCUGGAAAAGUGUGUUUCCCGGUGCAACGGCCAUGGGGUCUGCAACAGCAACAAGAACUGUCACUGUGAUGCUGGCUGGGCUCCCCCCUACUGCGAGAAGCCAGGCUUGGGUGGCAGCGUGGACAGUGGCCCUGUGCAGCGUGACAAUCAUGAAGCCAUCUUAAUCACCCUUCUGCUCAUCUUCCUGCUGUUCCUCCCGGCCCUGAUGAUCAUCAUCUACUUCUGGUACCGGCGGGAGAACUCACUCCUGAAUAAAUGGAUAAAGGAGAUAAGGAGGAGGAGCCAGGAGACUUAUAGGAGCAAAACCAUCAGUCGAAAGUCAACCAGUGGCCAUCCCAAAGCUGCUUUCACCUUGAGGAACAUUUCCACCUCCAGCCACACUAGUAAAGCCACACGGGCCACGUUCCCCCCCAGACCCAGCUCUCAGCCUGUCAACAUCGUCCACCCUCUUCGCCCAGCUCCUCACUCCAUCCCUCUGCGUCCAAGAGACCCCAAACCUGCCAGGCCACCACCUCCAGUCUGCAGAUCACCCAUGGUGCCCACCAAAGCGGCCGUGUCCCAGGCUAAGCUGCCACCUCCGAAGAGACCUCUUCCCUGCAGCCCUGUGAGGACCCCACUGGUUGCCCCAAAGCAUCAGCCACCCCGUCGGCCGUUGCCUGGAAGUCCUCUUAUGGCCAAAGAGCUGCCUCCUGCACAUGGACAGACCCUGCUGGUCAUGGUCCCUCCUACCAACUUCAAGGUGUCGGGUACAAGUGCCAUGAGCCACCCCACGAGGCCAUUAAAGCCGAUGCCACCUCAAAGGCCAGUCCCAGCCAUCAAAGUCCAAUCAACCUCCUUCCCCUUGAAGAAGUGACAAACCAAGGACACCUUAAGCCCAUCCUUCCUGAGCUGGCUCUCCUGAUUUGCACUGCUGCUGGCCACAGGGGUCUUAUUCCUCUCUUGUUUUAUUUGUCUUUUGAUACCAGAGGACUAUUUUUAUAAGACAGAAUAUGUAUUCAGCACAAAAACUGUAGUUUUGGUGGGGGAGGAGAGGGAAAAUUGGUACCAUGAUGUAACUCAAGGGUUGGGGUGGGUUGGUGAUGGGGUUAUACCAUGAUGGAGACCCCACCACAGCUCUGGCCAAUUUACCCCCCAGCUUUAGUUUCUUCUUGACAUUGCACAUGGGCUGAGAUGGGGUGAACAUCCAACACUGACAACAGUGGCAGCAAAAGCCUUGUAAUAUCCUUCUAGCUACCUCCUCCUUCUCCUCCAGGCCUGGUGAGACCUCACCGCCACCCAUGCCACCAGAGUUCAAUGCUGGGCAUUGUCUCCGGGGAGACAUUUGCCAUCAGAGCAAAAUGGUUUCCAGUUUGGACUGUGCCAUACAAUGUGCUGGGACAUUCCCAUGAAGGAUCCAAGCUCUCAGGCUCCUCCUGGCCUCCUGCCUUAUUGCGCAAGAAACAACAGUGACAAUGCUGGGGUCGUACCUGGAUGGAGAAGCUAUAUGAGAAGCAGUUCAAUGUCCAAAGUGCUGGUGGCAGCUGGUUACCAGGGUGCUAUCAAGGGGCUCAGGAGCCCCCCAUAAACAUUGCAUACUCCCUGCUCAUGGGGCAAGCCAAGCAGUGGCUCUGUGAGCUGCUCACACUCUGCUGUCCAAAGGGGGAAGGAGCCACAAGCUGGGAACAAGAGCAAGGAGACCUCCUGCCUGUGUCAUUGGCUUGCCAAAAGGCCUUGGCCAAGCCAUUGCAUUUCUCUGUGCCUCAGUUUCCCCCCUGUCUGUAAUAAGGGGGGUGAUACCUACCUCACAGGGGUGUUGUGAGGUUUAACAAACUCAUGUCUUGAAAGGGCUUUUACAAUCCUCAGAUGAAAGGUGCUGUUGACCUGCACAGUAUUACACCGUGCCACUUUCCUAUGACUUGACAUGCGGCUCUGUCAGGGGCUGAAGUGAGAACAAAGGCUUUGUACAGUC